AUAGCUUCACUGCUUGGCACACUUCUGUCCUUCACUGUCUGUCCUCUCGUGCCCUGCCCCACCCAGGCGUGCACUGAAUUCACCACCCAUGUGAUGAACCUGCUGAGGGAGCAGUCGCGCACGCGGCCCGUGACCCCGCGCGAGAUCGAGCGCAUGGUGGCCAUCAUUCACCGCAAGUUCAGCUCGAUCCAGACUCAGCUGAAGCAGAGCACUUGUGAGGCAGUCAUGAUCCUGAGGUCCCGCUUCCUGGAUGCUAGGCGCAAGAGGCGUAACUUCAGCAAACAGGCCACAGAGGUCCUGAACGAGUAUUUCUACUCCCACCUGUCCAAUCCUUAUCCCAGCGAAGAAGCCAAAGAGGAACUCGCCAAACACUGCUCAAUCACCGUCUCUCAGGUCUCCAACUGGUUUGGCAAUAAGAGAAUCCGCUACAAGAAAAACAUUGGCAAAUUCCAAGAGGAGGCCAACCUCUAUGCCAUGAAGACGGCCUUGGGUGCCAGACAGGGCGACGAUUCCCCGCACACUCCCAACUCAACAGGAUCUGGUUCCUUCUCUCUGUCUGGGUCAGCUGACCUUUUCCUCGGGGUUCCACCGGUGAAUGGAGAGCAGUCCGCCUACCCAAUGGGAGUGCAGUCAAAUGGAAACUGGCCGGGUCGAAACUCGCCCCCGGGUGGCACUUCGCCCCGCAGCGACAACUCGGAUAACUCUGACUGAUGUCUCCGCCCACUGGCACAGAAUGACAGCUACGGAAAGAGUGACGACGGAAAAAGACAGAAAGAAUGAUAUCACACUUCCCACUUGGCUGCAGUUGUUUUUGUAUGUUCGGUUGGUUUGAUUAUUUUAUAUGUACGUCGUUUCUUUUUCUUACCGCUCAGCGGGGGGGGAGGGGUCAUUCUUAUGUUUGUAUGAUUACCUGAGUGCACGGAUGGUAGAGUGAAAAUGUGUGUGUGUGUGUGUGUGUGUGUCGUGUGCAUGCAAGUGUGGUUUUAUUAUUGGGUUGUAGGGUUUCUUUUUUCACCACUUUUGACAUGUUACUGAGGUGGUUGUGGUUGUGGAAGGGCUGGGGUUGCAUCAUCAUUGUUUUUAGCACACUAUAUCGUUAUUAUUAAUAUUAUUGCUGUUUUGUCAUUAGUGCUACGACUAUUUUCAUUUUAGCUCAGACAGAGAGAAUGCAUAAAGUGAAUGAGGGGGCAAUAGAGAAAAAUCCAAAGAUUUUGUGUGUUUGUUUCUCUGUUUUGUUUUUGUGUUUCUACCGGGCUUAUGUGUCCCUGUAAAACGAAUGAGGUGUGUUUGAGUCCAUAUUAAUGGUUUGAAUGAGUAUAUCAAUAGUGCUGUCUUUUUUCUGUACAGUGAAACACCUGUAUUCUCUCUACCUCUUUUACAAUAAAGACUCUGUAUUCACAUCCA